CACAGUCAUUUAGGAGCACAGAAGAUGUGCAGUCAGCAUUUGUUUGUCUUUACAAGCUUAAAUUAAUCAGAUUUUACUCAACAACUCAGCAGAAUCUCUGUCAACGACUGGGUGUGGACAUGUCUGCUGCCAGCUGUCUGCUUUCUGAAGAUCAGUUCUUGUGCUCCAUCUGUUUGGAUGUUUUCACCAAUCCAGUUACCACAUCAUGUGGACACAACUUCUGUAAAAAGUGCAUCACUGCACACUGGGACAUGAAUGUUCCUAGUCAAUGUCCCAACUGCAAAAAGGUUUUUGGCACAAGACCUGAGCUGCAGGUCAAUAUUUUCAUCUCUGAGAUGUUGAUCAGUUCAAAGAAAGUCAGCAGCAGCUCAGAGCAACGAUCUGCUGAACCAGGAGAAGUUCUCUGUGACGUCUGUCCUGAAGCCAAACUGAAGGCCCUGAAGUCCUGCCUGGUGUGUCUGAUGUCCUACUGUGAGACUCACCUGGACCCUCAUCUGACAAGGUCAGGCCUGAAGAGACAUCAGCUGAUCGACCCUGUGGAGGACCUGGAAGGCAGAAUGUGUGAAAAACAUGACAAACUGCUGGAGCUGUUCUGCAAGAACGAGCAGAUGUGUGUCUGCAUGCUCUGCACUAUUUUAGACCACAAGUCACAUGAUGUUGUUCCUCUGAAAGCAGAAUGUGAAGAAAAGAAGACUGAGCUGUGGAAGACGGAAGCUGAAAUUCAGAAGAUGAUUCAGAAGAGACGACUGAAGAUUCAGGAGAUCAAACAGUCAGUCGAGCUCAGUCAGAAAAAUGCAGGCAAAGAAAUAUCAGCUGGUGUUCAGAUCUUCACUGCGCUGAUGGAGUCUGUUCAGAGAGGCCUGAAUGAGCUUCUCGAGACCAUCGAGGAGAAGCAGAAGAUGACAGAGGACCAGGCUGAAGGCUUCAUCACAGAGCUGGAACGUGAAAUUUCUGAGCUGCAGAAGAGGAGCUCUGAGGUGGAGCAGCUCUCACAGUCUAAAGACCACCUCCACCUCCUCCAAGGCUUCCAGUCCCUGAGCCCUGCUCCACCCACCAAGGACUGGACUGUGGUCAGAGUCCAUCCACCGUCAUAUGAGGGGAGUGUGAUGAGAGCUGUGAGUCAGCUGGAGGAGUCCAUCAGAAAAAACAUGAAGAAAGUGAGUGAGGCUGAACUGAAGAGGGUCCAGCAGUAUGCAGUGGAUGUAACUCUGGAUCCUGAUACAGCACAUCCUAAUCUCAUCCUGUCUCAUGAUGGAAAACAAGUAAAACAUGGUGAUGAACAGAAGAAUCUCCCAGACAACCCAAAGAGAUAUUCACCUUGUGUCAAUGUUUUGGCAAAGCGGAGUUUCUCUGCAGGAAGAUUUUAUUUUGAGGUUCAGGUUAAAGGGAAGACUGAGUGGGAUUUAGGAGUGGCCAGAGAGUCCGUCAACAGGAAAGGAAACAUCACAUUAUGUCCUCAGAAUGGUUACUGGACAAUAUGGUUGAGGAAUGAAAAGUAUGACGCUAAUGCUGGUCCUUCAGUCUGUCUCUCUGUGAGGUCUCAGCCUGAGAAGGUCGGGGUGUUUGUGGAUUAUGAGGAGGGUCUGAUCUCGUUUUAUGAUGUUGAUGCUACAGAUCUUCUUUACUCCUUUACUGGCUGCUCCUUCACUCAGAAAAUCUACCCAUAUUUUAGUCCUUGCUCAAAUGAUGGUGGUAAAAACUCCGCCCCUCUGAUCAUCUGUCCUGUCAAUCACACUGAAUAACAAAUGUUUGGGGGGAAAAGUUCUGUCAUGCAACAAUUAAAUUUUUAGUGUUUGUGCACUGUGUUUAUGUUUAUUAUUAAUCACACAUUUUUAGAUUUCUGUUUGAAUGAUUACAUUAUUUUUAUUUUUAUUUAAAACUUAAAGGGGUCACAUGUUUUUAAUCUUUUUAAUCUACAUUUGGGUAUUCAUGUUAUUAUUCAAACACAUCUAUAUAUUAAUAGCCAAGUGCCCUCUGUGUAUGUUUUUGCGUGUGUGUGUGUUUGGCUUCAAUCAAGGAGAAAUUGGAGAGAGCUGAAAUUUGCUGUUUGUUAUACUUAUGUAUUUUGGGUCAAGGAUGAAUGCUUCGAAAACAGAAAGUUGAAAUUAGCAGAAAUUAGGGAUAUUAGUUCACAGCAAUGAACAUUGGACACUGCUUCAUAUUGAUUCAAUGGUUCAGAUAGCUUCGUUUUUUCCGUCACUCAUUUUCAUGAGUAAAAUACAUCAGCAACCACUAAUUAUUACCACAUAUGUCCGGAUGGACUGAGAAUUAUGUAUAACUUGAUGUUGUGUUGUGAACGGGACAUUAAUUAACGUGCAACGACUUUUAAACACUGAAAAAUGAAGCAUAAAAUAACUCACCAAGAUCUUCUCACAUAACAUCUAAUCCAGUGUGCUUCUCUGUUUGCCUUUAAAACAGACUGAUUCAUAGCACAUGCAAAACACUUUGGCAUACAUUUAAAAAUGCAUAAAUAUGCAAAAAAUGUGCAAACUAAUUCUCAUUCCUAUAGCUGUCAAUCAAACCAGGAUUCAGCCUUUCGACUUAUCAUCCAAUCAUAGUGCAGAACCUGCCCGCCCACAGCUCCAUUCACCCCCAGAGAGCCCGACAACCGGCCUGGCUAUGAAUUGGGCCGGAUACUGGCCUCCAUUUUGGAGUGAGAGUUCCCACUGCUAAACGACCAAUAGGAGAGCAGCACUGUAAUUCCCUCGCCUAAACAACCAAUUGGAGACCAGCGCUCACGCCACAUCAACGUGAGAAUGAUGCAUGGGCUGACAUCAGCGUCUUGGUCGCCAACCAAUCACAGGCUUGGAGAGAGAGGCCAGUAUCUGGGGCCGGUUGUUGGGCUCACAGAUAUACUACAUCGGGUCGAGCCAGCCCCUGAGCGGAUGGCGGCCCUGCCAUCUUGAAAGGUUGAAGCGCUGCAGCUGUCAGUGCUUGUUUUGAUUCUCUGACCGACAUCUCCACUGUUAUCUACAUUUAAGACAUGAAAACUUGUGCUUUGGUCAAUUCAGAUAUGUAGAUUCGGCCUUUUCUACAGGUCUUGCCUAUCUAGUAAAUCUGUGGACGGGCUACCCCAGAGACACUCAGCUGGACGCUGAGGUCCAGAGGUGGGACAAAAUCGUGGCUUUUUCCAAUGACAUUCACAUUUUGUGGCAAUGAAGAAACUUUUCCAGGCAGCCCCACUGAAGUGAAAGGAUGCUUCAAACUCUGAUUUUGAUGCUAAAAAAAAAUGAAACCUUAAAAAUUCACAUUCAAACUCUGAUGGCACAGAUUUACUUCCAUAGACGCUCGGCUUCUACAGGAAAAUGCAUUGACCACAGACCAUAUGACAAAAAAAUUUAUAAGAAGUUAACAAAAGAGUCAAUCGAUUUGUGUUAAGUAGCUGAUUCUGAACAAACUCAUCUUCAAGAUGAACAUGUUCUAAUGCAUUUGUAGUCAAUGAAAUGAUAACAAACUGUACAUAUUUUUGACCAUUGAAUUUUUUUGACAUUUUCGGGAAGCUGAGCUUCCCUUGCAGUCUUUGACAAACCACCUCUGAGUCACACGCAUUCCAACUCAUUAUAGAAACUUUGUAUAAUUUAUUACUAAUCUUGAAAAAUGUCAGCUACCUAUUUUAUAAACACUACCCAGUCUAGAGCCUGUGGAUCCCCACGGACAAUGUGCUACAAGUAGUUAUGAUAUAAUGGUUACUGAGUCUAAAAAUGUUGAUCAAACAUAAUUGAUAACAAAGCAAAUUGUAUAAAAAUUAAUCUGUCAGUGAAAUUCUCUUCUUGUGUUCCUGAGAUUGUUUGUGUGUUCAUAAUAAAUAAAGUUUCACAGCA